AUGGCAAAAAUUAUAGAUAAUUAUAUACUAAUUGAAGCAAUUGGAUAAGGAUCCUUUGGAGAAAUACACAAAGGUCGAAAUUUAAUUUCAAAAGAAGCAGUUACAGUGAAAACAAUAAAAUUAGAUAGAUUUUUAAAUGAUUCUCUCUUGAAAGAAAUGAUUAUUAACGAAAUCUAAGCAUUGAAAAAAUUAGAAGAUUAAUAUAUUGUAAGAAUGAUAAAGAUGUUAAAAUCAGCAAAUAAUAUCUAUUUAGUCUAUGAAUAUCUUAAUGGAGGGUCUUUGGAAAAUUAUUUAUAGGAAAAAGCCAGAUUAUGUGAAUAAGAAGGACGAUAACUUAUGACAAAUAUAUUUAAGUAAUGAUAAUUAAUAAUAACUAGAGGAUUUAAAACUUUAAACCAUGAAAAAAUAAUACAUAGAAAUAUAAAUCCUUCUAAUCUAUUUUUUAAUGAUGGAAUUAUUAAAAUAAAGAACUUUUUUUGUUGUAAAUCAUAAACAAGUUAAAAGUUAUUUGAUCCAGGUAUAUUUAUAUAUGAAUAUAUUAGAGAAUUAUUUAUAUACUGCUCCAGAAAUAUUGUUAAAGACUUAAUAAACUUAAUAUGAAGAUAAAUGUGAUAUAUUCUCAUUAGGAUUGGUAUUUUACAAGAUAUUUUUUGGAUAAUUACCAUUCCCUGAAAAUAUUGAGUAAGAUUAACUCAUAGAAUUGUAUUAGUCUUAAGAUUUCAAUCCAAUAAUUGAAGGUUUGUCUGAAAAUACAUCUUAAAUUUUAAAUGGAAUGCUCUAAAUUGAUCAAUAAAGAAGAAUUGAAUGGUAAACAUUAUUUCAUGAAGAUGAAGUACCCACAACCUCAGUACUUGGAAAUUCAACUAACCAAAAUUUUGCAUCUAAUUAUUAAAUUAAUUCAUAAGUUUAAUAAUUCGAGACAGUUGGUUAAUAGAACUUUUACAUAUCCUAAUAAUCUCUAUAAAAUCAAAUAACUGCAAGUCCUAAUGAAUUACUAAAAAGAAGAAAUAAUUAAUCAGAUAAAGAAAAUAUUAAAGUCAUAAAAGAAAAUGAUAAUAAUUAUUAAUGUAACAAAACUGUUGAAAAGGAGUCUAAUAUAUCAUAAUAUUAAAUACCUAUCUAAUAGACAUCUUAAAUUUAAUAAAUUAAUGCUUAAUAAAGUGUUGUUAAAUAAAUAUAAAAUUAAUUAUUUGACCUUAGAUAUAAAUUUAAUAUUCUCAUCAAAGGAAUUAUAAGAAUUGAAUAACUAGAAAAUUGGUCGGCUAAAAUUAAAACAGAAAUCUGCAUGAUCUUUUUAAUUAAAAAAGCUAUUAAAUAUAUAAAUGAAAUGAGUGAUAUAUGUUAAAACACUGAUAAAUAAUGGGUCAUAUUUAAAAAUAAAAAUGAUGUCAUUAAAAUUUUAUAGAAAGAUUAUGAUGAAUUAUUAGCUUAGUUCAAAUACCUUAAAUAAAUUGUAAAUAAUUUAAUUUAUUUUUAGAAUAGUUGCUAACAUGAAGAACUAAAUUCUCAUGAAAUAAUUGAUGAAUAAUAUAUUGAUAAUGUAUUAAUAAUGAUAGCAAAAUAAAUUUCAAUUGAUUUGGGAUAAAUACGAUCAAGUAUACGUGGAAAUUCUUAAAUUAAAAGCAAUGUAAUAAUAUAUUUAUCUAAUUAAUAGUCUUUUAAUUAUGAAUAAAAUAGUUAAAGAAAUGGCAGCUUUAUUGAAUAAAAGCAAAAUAUUUCAAANAUUUAUAUAUGAAUAUAUUAGAGAAUUAUUUAUAUACUGCUCCAGAAAUAUUGUUAAAGACUUAAUAAACUUAAUAUGAAGAUAAAUGUGAUAUAUUCUCAUUAGGAUUGGUAUUUUACAAGAUAUUUUUUGGAUAAUUACCAUUCCCUGAAAAUAUUGAGUAAGAUUAACUCAUAGAAUUGUAUUAGUCUUAAGAUUUCAAUCCAAUAAUUGAAGGUUUGUCUGAAAAUACAUCUUAAAUUUUAAAUGGAAUGCUCUAAAUUGAUCAAUAAAGAAGAAUUGAAUGGUAAACAUUAUUUCAUGAAGAUGAAGUACCCACAACCUCAGUACUUGGAAAUUCAACUAACCAAAAUUUUGCAUCUAAUUAUUAAAUUAAUUCAUAAGUUUAAUAAUUCGAGACAGUUGGUUAAUAGAACUUUUACAUAUCCUAAUAAUCUCUAUAAAAUCAAAUAACUGCAAGUCCUAAUGAAUUACUAAAAAGAAGAAAUAAUUAAUCAGAUAAAGAAAAUAUUAAAGUCAUAAAAGAAAAUGAUAAUAAUUAUUAAUGUAACAAAACUGUUGAAAAGGAGUCUAAUAUAUCAUAAUAUUAAAUACCUAUCUAAUAGACAUCUUAAAUUUAAUAAAUUAAUGCUUAAUAAAGUGUUGUUAAAUAAAUAUAAAAUUAAUUAUUUGACCUUAGAUAUAAAUUUAAUAUUCUCAUCAAAGGAAUUAUAAGAAUUGAAUAACUAGAAAAUUGGUCGGCUAAAAUUAAAACAGAAAUCUGCAUGAUCUUUUUAAUUAAAAAAGCUAUUAAAUAUAUAAAUGAAAUGAGUGAUAUAUGUUAAAACACUGAUAAAUAAUGGGUCAUAUUUAAAAAUAAAAAUGAUGUCAUUAAAAUUUUAUAGAAAGAUUAUGAUGAAUUAUUAGCUUAGUUCAAAUACCUUAAAUAAAUUGUAAAUAAUUUAAUUUAUUUUUAGAAUAGUUGCUAACAUGAAGAACUAAAUUCUCAUGAAAUAAUUGAUGAAUAAUAUAUUGAUAAUGUAUUAAUAAUGAUAGCAAAAUAAAUUUCAAUUGAUUUGGGAUAAAUACGAUCAAGUAUACGUGGAAAUUCUUAAAUUAAAAGCAAUGUAAUAAUAUAUUUAUCUAAUUAAUAGUCUUUUAAUUAUGAAUAAAAUAGUUAAAGAAAUGGCAGCUUUAUUGAAUAAAAGCAAAAUAUUUCAAAUUAAUAAAUUUUCGCAAUCUUUUUGAUUGAUUUAGUUAAAGGAUAAAUCUAGGAUGAUGAUUAAAGAAAUUACUUUAAAAAGAUAGAAGAAUCAAAAUUGGCAGAAUUGUUAGAUUUUAAAUUAAAAUAAAUUUGA